UCUUACUAGAACUUCUGACAUAAUUUCAAUUAUCUCAUUUAGUUACAACAGUUAAGUGAUACGUUGAUAUCAAUUACCCAGUGCAACACGUGAUAAAGUAGGUAACACACGUGAUGGCACAUCGCUUGUUCGAAGAAGCGAGGCAUGCAGCUAAUUACUUGAGAUUUCGACCGACUUAUCCUCCAGAGUUGGUAAAAGCGAUCGUGUCCUACUGUAAGAAGCACGGCUGUAGCAAACAGACGGCAGUAGACGUCGGUUGUGGCUCUGGACAAAGCACCACACUCAUAGCCAAAGAGUAUGAGUGCACUGUUGGAGUUGAUGUGAGUCAAGAACAGAUUCGACAGGCAAUCACUGCUCAGUCGGAGAGUAGCUUUGAGUCGGUGUCGUAUGUUGUGGCCGAAGCAGAGUGUCUUCCCGUUGAUUCUUCGAGUGUUGAUUUAGUGACGUGUUCGCAAGCUUAUCAUUGGUUAGACUGGGACAGAUUUCAUGCUGAGAUGAAACGAGUCCUUAGGUCUCCUGGUUGUCUGGCUGUGUAUGGUUAUGGUUUACCUCAGCCUCAGGAUGUUCGUGCUAGACAGUUGAUGACAGAGCUGUAUGGUGGAACACUGAAGGGUUACUGGGAUGAAAGGCGACAUUUUGUUGAUGAUUGUUACAAAAGCUUUCGCCUUCCAUUUAAGCACUUUGAGAGAGAUGAUUCCAUGAACAUUUCAACACACACAACUAUUGGCCACUAUGUGGGUUACAUUAGCACGUGGUCUGGUUACCAAUCAUACAGAAAACAGCAUCCAGACGACGACCCACUAGAAGAAUUCAAGGAAAAGUUGAUCAAUGUCAUGACUCCUGCAGAAUGCGAGAAUCCUCUUGAUACACCAAUGUAUACAAUAGCACCUCUCUUCCUGCUCCUUGGAAUUAACUAACUAUCAAAGUACAUAUUCAAGCACACACGUUUAUAGCUGCAAAAACUUUGUAUUGAGCAAGUGUCUUUAAUACAUUUUCUAGACCAUUAUAUUUAUCUACUGUAUAGAUUCUUGUAAAUCAGCAAUGACGUCGACUAUAUACUCAUGCAUCUCUUGAAUAUUUUCCUAUAGGCUAGUUAAUAAGUUGGCUUAGUGACUUUAGUGCUCCCACUGGAUUUCAUAAACUGUGACACUAGACUUGAGCCAGUCUCUCCCCACCUUUGUCAUUCCCUGGAUUGUUAAUCCUUGUGCUCCAGAGUGACAAUCGGGAAGCAGCGGAGUGGGGAGAGACU